AUGGAGCUGCACUGCCGGUGCGGCGGCGCAGCUUUGAAGGAGCUUGUGUGGUCAUAUCAAGAUCGGCAUAUGCCAUUGGCAAGGUUGUCAUUUGGGAUAAUGAUCUGGGGUCUAAGCCAGAGACAUCAUCAUCAUCCUGCCCAGCUGCGUGGCUAG